AUGUCGGCCCUAAGCAGCCGGCUGGCGACGUUCCUGACCAUAGCCAUGCUCAUCGUGACGGCCGGCUGUGACAGCUGCGGCAAGUCCAUCUCGUUGACGAAAUACGUACAGCAGUUGGUGCAUGAUGAAUUACUACAGUCCAACGUCAACACGCUGCACUCAGGAACGGAGCCCCUGAAGUCUAGGAUGGAGGCUCUGGAACGCAGAAUGAAGGAGCUGACCGGCCGACUGGACGGCCAGCAGACUCAGCUGGACGAGGUAGUCACACAGCUGAACGGCCAAAAAUCCCAGCAGGACGAGACGACAGCCACAGUGAAGGACCUCACAGAACGACUGAGUGACAUGGAAAAACAUGUGGCCGAAAUGCGUAAAUUGGCUACGAGGCUCGACAGCCAGCAGUCAACACUGAACGAACAGAAAUCACAACAAGAGGAGACUGCAACCACAGUGAGUAACGUCACAGCGAAACUGGAUAUCAUCGUUACGCAGCAAGGAAAUCAACUCAACCAGACGUCUCAACUGGCUACAACGCUCGACAGCCAGCAAUCUCAACUGAGCGAGCUCAACAACCAGCUCAACGAACAAAAAACGACUCAGCGUGAGGUUUCAGUCAGAAUGGAUAACCUGACCUCCCAGGUUGAAAUUCUAGGAUCCAAGCUGACCGGAGCUAUUAGCAACACAUCAUCCCAACAGGAGCGUAUUGAUGACCUAGCUGCUAAGGUAAAACAGCUGACCCCUUCCCGUGACUGCAGCGACCUGCCUGUCAACUCUCCAUCUGGUGUCUACUUCCUUCGACCCAGUGGUAACAACAAACAACCACCCGUCGAGGCCUACUGUGACAUGGCCACUGCCGGAGGGAACUGGACGGUGAUCCAACGACGAGACAACAUCGAGCCCCACCAGGACUUCUACCUCGGAUGGACGGACUAUAAGGAGGGCUUUGGUGAUGUGACCAAAGAGUUCUGGUGGGGCUUGGAACACGUUUAUCAGCUUACGUCAUCGGGCCGACAGUUCGAACUCCGCGUUGAUCUGGAAGCGUUUGACGGUAAUAGAUCAUACGCUACAUACCAACAGUUCCGUAUCUCGUCUGAGCUGGACGGGUACAGACUGAGCUUUACCGACUACACGGGAACUGCCGGGGAUGGUCUGGAGAUGAGCGUCAAUCAGAAGUUCUCUACCCGUGACCGUGACCAGGACGGCGACUCUGACAGUCACUGUGCACAGUACUGUCAGGGGGCCUGGUGGCACCGCAGCUGCGGGUGGUGCAGCCUGAACGGACAGUACCGGGACGGCGGUAAAUGGGACCCGACUGGAAUAUGGUGGUACAUGUGGAGGGGAAUGAGGUCACUGAAGAAGGCCGAUAUGAAGAUCAGACCAACGUACUAA